AUCAAUUGUCGGUAUAAGCCAUUAAAAAUCGCUUAAUUCAAUCGAUAAUCGUUAUUUUAGAUAUUCCAAACGAUCGUUUUGUUUCAAAAGUGUGAAAUUUUAUCGGCAAAUAGAAAAAUCUUUUGAGUUGUUCAGUAAAAGAGUUGAUGGUGAUGAGUAAAAAAUUCGCGUGGAUUUGUUUUGAUGCGAAUGGAUUUUGACAUUUCAUGAAUCAGACGUUAUGACGUCACAAUCGUACGAUACAACAUGCGAUUUAUUUUGAUUGGACGAUGAGUGAAUGUGUAUGUAGAGUUGUUAUUAUUAUUCAGAUACAAACAUUCGAUGCGAACAGACGGUAUCACAAUACACAAUAGUGUGCAGGACUUUUUUUAAGUUUAAAUUGUUAUAUUAAAAAUAGUAAUAAAAACAGUGUGCAAACGAGAAUUUAAGUCCAAAAGAGAAUAAAAAGAAAUCUGAAACUUUUCGUGAUUUUCAUACUCAAGGAGACACACAAUAUUGAAUCAUUGGUGUAAUCGUAAAGGUUGACUUUUGUACGAAGGUAAUCACGCGUUUUGACGCGCGAUUUAAAAAAAUAGGUCGUUCGACACAAUGGACUCAGUUAAAUGGUUGCACCCGACAGCUAUGGAAACAGACGACGUUAUGGUUUCAGACAAUCUGCUUCAGUUUGUUAAAGACGACGAUAUUGUUUCCGGAUUAGAUACACAAGACGAUAUUUUACCCCAAGAUAUUUUCAACGAAAUCAUAAAUAAGUUUGAUUUUGAUGAAAACGAUGUGAAUAUAAAUUCGUUUUUGAAUGAUUUGAAUGCUGCCGCCGACAAUAAUACGCCAUAUAUUCCACGAAAUAUUGACGAUCCACUGCUUUCGUCAUCGAAUGCAAGCAUUAAUUACAGUGAUUUUACUGCGCAACCAAUACUUAAGCCGGCAGCUAUACAACAACAACAACCACAGACGACGAUUCCACAACAAAUUACACACAUCACCGCCACCAAUACAACAUCAAUACCGCAACUAAUUUCAUCAUCACCGACACACAUUACAACGGCCGAAAAUCCAAAUCAACUGGAAACGGUUGUCUAUCAAAUUGCAAACACUCCAAUAAGCGCAAAUUCAUUUGUGGCAACAACUACUGCAUCGAUGCAAUCGCAACAAGUAUUGAAUGGUUUAACACCAAUACAAAUGGUUUUUAAUAAUGUGGACACGGCAAAUUUUCAACAAACACAAAAAUAUUGCGAAGUGAGCGAGACAACAACACAACCGCUAGUGGUGCAAAGUGGUGCGCUAUUAAAUACAAAUAAAGUGUUGGAAAAUAAUGGUAAACCGAUUAUUUUGCAACCAACGGUUGUCUAUGCAAAUGCAACACCAGUAUCAAGUAAUUCAGUGCAAAGUGUACAAUUGAUUAACACAACAAAUGGCACAAUUUUAACACAAGUCCCUGUGUCAACGAUAAUGGUUGAACAAGAACAAGAAAAACCACCGAAAGUAAAAGAAAAACGAACGACGCAUAAUGCAAUUGAACGUCGCUAUCGAACAUCGAUUAAUGAUAAAAUUGUCGAAUUGAAAAAUAUGCUGGUGGGAGAGGAGGGAAAACUGAAUAAAUCGGCAAUUUUAAAGAAAUCAAUUGAAAAAAUCACCGAUUUGGAGGGCGAAAAUUAUGAACUUCGUUUGCAAAAUGCACGUUUACGUGAAUUGCUAUUGGCCCAAGGACCAAUUGCCGCCGAUGAAAGUUCACUCAAAACACUACUUCUACAAAGAACAGUUAAUCCACACAAGCGUCGUUAUACAAAUUCAUCGACUGGUUCUGGUUCAGAGUACGGUAACACAUCGCCACCAACCAGUGACGAAUCGAAUCCAUCUUUGUCACCAGCCCAUUCAGAUACCGGUUCGAUGCCACUCUCGCCACUUGGCAGCGAUGAAAUUUCAACCGAAAUCGAUUGUCCACCCAAACGUAAUAAGAAAUCGGAUAUGGAAAAUAUUAACCAUGGCAUGAGCUCUAUUUCCAAAUUAACAUUGUGCGCUUUUAUGUUUGCCAUCAUCACGAUUAAUCCAUUGGCCAGCUUACUAUCGGAUUCAGCAUCAUCAAACGGUGCCAGUAUGUUUGAUGGAAAAUACAGCCCAGUGCGUCGUGGCAUUUUGACGGUUGAUUCGGAUAAUGUUAACUUUUUCCAAGGCAUGUGGCAACAAAUCAGCAGCUCAUUUUUGGCAUUCGUUUUGAAUAUCAUUCUCUUGACCGUUUGUUUGGUGAAAUUAUGCUAUCACAGUGAUCCUGUAAUGAACUUCCGUUCACCGGCCGCUGAUAAAUAUUUCAAACAAAAAUUAAUUGCCGAUACGGAAUUUGACCAAGGGAAUGCCAAAGCGGCACUGGAUGCGUAUGAGAAGUGCUUACAAAUGCUGGGAGUUGCUUUGCCACAAUCAUGGUUCGAACUGAUUCCAAUGACAAUUUGGCAAUUUUUACGGUGUUGUGCGCAUCGUUUACGAUUUGGCCCAUGGCUUUCACGUAAAUUUGGACGCAUCAUACAAUCAGAUGAAACACAAAAAGACGCACUGAAUUCAGCACAAGAAUUGGCCAUCAUUUUGAAUCGAUGCAAUCAAAUUCAUUUGAGUCAAAAUAUGAAGGAUGGGUGCGGAUUGAUCUUGUCUAUGUAUGCGGUUAAUAUGGCCGAAGUGACCAGAAAUAUCGCACCACUUACAUUGAUCGACGUUUAUUUGACGGCAGCACUGAGAUGCAGAAAGAAUUAUGUAUACUUCUUCAGUUGGAUUUGUAGCCGAUACUAUUUGUACAAAGCACGUAACGAAGCUAUGUUAUUGUGCGGACAAAAAUUACCACCAAAAUAUAAUUGGAUUUUUAACAAUGCCUACGGCUACAAAUUUAUUUGCAAAUUCUCAUUUGACACAAUUUUGGAGAACAUCGGGUCACCGUCAAUUUUUAGCAGCGAAAUUAAUUCACUUGACACACUCUCGGCGGUAUUUGCAUGCUACAAUGAACAUUUACUGAAAUGUGCUCUGCAAUGCUUGGUUGGAGUCAGUUAUACAUCAAACAAUGACAUAAAAUCGUGUAUUGCAAUGGAAUGCAAUGAUGAAACUAUAGUCAGAGAUGUCUUGAAUUAUUCUGAGCUGCUCAAAGAAAAUUGUAAAGAUCCGUUGACUCUCUGGUGGUCAAAUCUGUUUAGUAUUGAUGCAUGCUGGCUUCUGGGUGACGAUGCAUUGGCUGAUAAAAUGUUUGAAGAUGUGGUCAGAAUUCCAAAGGCCCUGCGUGAAUCAAAGGAUCCAUUGGCUCGUGCAGCUGUUACCAUUUUUUGUGCAAAGAAAUUAUUGGCAAUGAAGCAAAAGGCGAGCGUACCAAAAAUUUGGAGUUUGUGUAAUUGUACGAGCAAAAUGUUUACCGAAUCAUUGGUUUAUAACAAAGCUACUAAAAAUGACAAAAUUCUGUUCGUUCAGUUGCUGAUCUGCGAUUGGCUGCUAGAGACUCGUACAACAUGUUGGGAAAUGGAGCAAAAUUCAAAGACCUGUUCCGAUGACGAAAAUAACAAUCUAGUAUUUUGCAAUCCAUCUCUCCAAGGCAAACUAUUGGAGCAAUUUCAGGCCGAUUUGAAUAAUUUGAAUUGCAUCAUUGAUUAUAUACCGACGGCAAAAUCCCGAGUCUACCUCUAUGAGGCUGUGUCACGAUUGAUGGCCGGUGCCGCACCCGGAUACACGCAAGAAUUGCUAGAUCGAAGUUUUCACGAGCAAUAUCGUCGUAAUAACCGAUCCACUUUCCAUUGUGGCAGUGGCAACAAAGACACCCAGAACAAUAACUCCAAUGAAAAUUUGAAUAGAAGACGAUGUGGUCAAAAUUCGGCGGUCGCAGUAGAUGGUGAACGUGAAAGGGCCUUGGCCACGUACGUUGCAUGCAAAUACUUGCCGACCCCUUUACUUUGUUUACCUGGCGAACGGGUGGGCAUGUUAGCCGAAGCGGCGAAAACACUGAAGAAAAUCGGCAAUCGAAAAAAACUAAACGAUUGCUAUAAGCUCAUGCAAACGUUUCGCACCACCACCGUUUCAACCGAUUGAAUUAAUUUAUUAAGUGGAUAAAUGUUAAUAUCGUUUUGAAGAUUUACUAACAUUAAGAUACAUGUUUCAUAUAAGUAUUAAGUUUAUGUAUAUUAUUAAUGUUAAGUGAAUAUUUUUGAAUUAUUUUUUUGAUUUGUAGAAAAAUAAAAAAAACACAUUAUUUUUUUGUGUAAUGCACUAUA